CGAGGCGGCGCGGGCAGGGCUCGUCGCUGGGCAGCGGUGGGCUGGGCAGUGCGGCGAUGUUUAUGGCGCAAGUCGGACAACGACGAUGCCCAGCAUGGGUUUGGCAGCAGCGGGAGUGUCGGGGUCGUUUGAGCUGGCCGACUACUCGACUGGUGGCAGCACGUCGACGAUUCUGCACCGACGCGCGGUGUCAGGUUCGGGGUCAGGGCCGGGCCGGUGGUGGGCAUCGGUAUUCCGCAGCCACCACCACCGACGCACGUAUUCGGCGUCGGCAGUGUCGCAGCGUACCAGUCAGCAUUGCGCAGGCAGCGCGUGGCCGCCCGGCAGCGACAGGCGGCGCGGCCAGCGACGGGACAAAGCAGCAAAACGGCAGAGCAGAAGGGCGGAUUCAUGCGGCGGCGGAUGCAGGCGCUGCGGCUUUACGUAGCGGACUUCAUCAUGCCGGGCGGUGUGAACCGGUUUGGCUCGACCAGCGGCCAUAUGUAUACCGAAUCAAUCGGCUACCUGCUGGCAUUCGCGAUAGCCAGCGUCGCGUUCAUCAUGUGGGGCACACUGGUGCCCAAGGCGCUGUGCAGCACAAACCAGACGUUUACGGCCGCGGACGUGCAAGCACGCAAAUUUGUGUCAGCCAACGGCAUCGUGUCCGAUUUCACACUGUCGCACACAGGGUUCGGGCAGCGUAUGCGCGGGUUUUCUGGCUAUGACGUAUCGGCCGUGUUCCCGAUGCUGGGAGAGCUGGCUGCCGACACACGGGUGUUGCUGCCCAGCAGGACGCAGGCGCUGCUGAGCAAGUGCGUGGCUAACGAGUCGGCGACGCUAAGCUUCAUUGAGUCGUGGCGCGCCAACUCGACUCUGUACUAUGGGGGUGUGGACGACUUUCCGACGCACUGCCCGUUCCCGCAGGCACCACAGACCAGCGGCACCGACUGCCUGACGGCGUCGUGGGAGCAGUUCCCCAGUGCCAAAGUUGGGCUGUUGAAGAUCAGCUCGAGCGAGGUCAAGGAGAUGCAUGCGUCGCCGGCUACAUCAUGGGUGAUCAUCGACGAUAUGGUAUUUGACGUGUCACUUUAUGUGCGGCAUGCGAGCGACGAAUUGGUGGUCAACGGCACGCGGCUGGCGGACCGGCAGCUGCGGCCCGAGAACAUGUUCCUGCCUGAGAGCCUGACUAAGCUGUUUCUAGACCACCCCGGCAAGGACAUCUCGGGAGCGUUCCACGACCUGGACAUUGACGAUGUGCUGUACAAGGCGUGCAUGGUUCAGCUGUUCCUGCGCGGCACCACGCAAACCGCCAAAUCGCCGUUUGCCUGUGCCAACACUAACGUGGUUGCGUGGGUCACGUUUGGGCUGUACUUUGUGGUGCUGUUUGCGCGCUUGGUUAUUGCCGAGACAUACGGUUGGUUGCGGGCGCGCAAGGCCGUGAUGGCCAGCCAGUCCAAUGACGACGAUGACGAUGACGACGCAGCGCUCGGCUCAGCGAACAACAGCCCCAUGGACGGUUCGGCGCGGCAGCUGGAGGCCGGGCAUGCAGACAGCAAGCGCCCGAGUGCGCCCAAAUGCAUCGUCGUGGUGCCAUGCUUCCGCGAGUCGAUGGAGACGCUGUCGCGAACGCUGCAGGGCGUCGCUCGGUCGACGCACGGCGGCGCCAACACAUUGCUGUGGAUCAUCAGCGAUGGCGACGCGGCAGUGCUGGCAGACAUCUUGUGUAUUGUAGCCCAUGCCGGGCGUGGCAGUGACGCCAAGUUCUACGGCGCCUACGGGGCGACCAACGCCAGCGGAUAUGCAUCGGCACGUGUGUUUGGCGGAUUCUACGAGUGCGGUCGGCACCGCAUCCCGUAUGUGGUCACGGCCAAGGACGCGUACCAGGGCCGCGUCGACACGCUGAUGCUGGUGCUGAAUUUCUUCCGCAACGUGGCUGGCAGCCCGCGGGCGGCACACGGGUCGCUAUCACCGCCGCGCCAGACGGUGUUUCUGGAGGAGGAAGUCGAGGCCCGCAUGGAGGCGCUGGGUCACGCUCCGGCAGCAGCCGACUACUGCCUGCUGCUGGAUGCCCGCAUGCAGAUCGACCCGCUGGCUAUCACGCAGUUUGUCGCGCGCAUGGAGCAGAGCGCCGACGUCGUUGCGCUGUCGGGCACCGUCUACCCGGCAGGCCGCGCAAAGUCGCUGCUGCACGUCUUGCAGUUCUUCGACCUGUACCUGCAGCACUUUGUCGCGCCUAUGUGUGAGAGCCUGGCUGGCAUCACAUGUCCGCUCAACCAGCUCUUCACCAUGUACCGCCUGCGCCUGCCCUCCGGUGCCCCAUGCCUGGGCGACGAGGGCCUGACUGCUGCCAUGGCCGAGCUGAUGAAGCGCCCCGUCAAGUGGCGCCACCUGGCGUGGCCCGGCAACGACUGUCUGCUGGCCCCACGUCUGGCGCGCCAGUUUCCCACCUACCGCUGGGCAUUUGAGCCCAACGCGCGCGCCGAGGUCGAGCUGACCAAGCACCAGAUGGUCGCCUUUGAUCCCUACCAGCGCCAGUGGUUCCGCUCGCGUCUGGCCACACUGCUGGACAUGCUACGCGGCCGCAUCCGCAAGCCUGCGUGGCCCGUCGUCAUCGCCCACUUGGCCUUUCCCUUCGUUGUGCCUGCCGCCGCCUGCAUGCUGUACCUGGAGAUCGUCAUUUCGUUCUUUGGCGACAGCCCGGCCAUUGUGGUCUCCGAGCUGACUGGCGGCUUCGUUGGCGCCACUUUGAUCCUGCUGCUGGCGCGCCGCAAGUGGAGCCUGGCCGUGUAUUUCCUCGUGUACUGCGUCAUAGCGGUGCCCUUCUACCAUGUGUGGAUCCCAACCACUGCCUUCUUCACCAUGAACCGUGUCUGGGUGCCGCCCGAGCAUGCCGACGCCCAAUCCUGCAGCACGUGCCGCCCAGUCCGCCCCCGCCGCGCCCGAAAGCCUCGACGCGAUCAAGCACAAGUACCUGCGUCGUCUGAGCUCUGCCACCUCCGAGAAGGCCGCAUUGCAGGAUAGUGCCAGCUCUCUGGCCUCUACUGCCAGCAAGCGCCGCCCGACCGUGCUGAGCGACUCGGAUGAGGACAUGGAGGACCCGGAUGAGACCGACGACGAGCAUGUGGAUCUGGGCCAGCCCAGCCUGCGCCUGCAGUGGGGCCCGCCUGCCGAGCCGCCUCUGGUGGUCGAGACCCGCAGCGCUAUCCGCCGUGUCCUGCACGACCGCUACCCGCAGGGCAUCACUGCUGACUCGCCCGAGUUCUUCGAUGUGUGCGAGUGCACCCUGGCGCUGCUGAUCUCAGCCUACCCGAACUGCACCGUCCAGGAGCUGGCCGUGGCUGUGGACUCGUGCAUUGACGAGCUGGU